GCAGAGUGCCUCUGCCCUUCUCCCCUGCCGCACCAUGGCAGCAGCCGCUGCAGUCAGUUGUGCUUUGCUCCUGUCCGUCCUCUGCGAAACACCUGCACUCGUGGUGCCCAACGCCACGGCCCCGCUGCGGGCAGGCGAGAGCGCCGGCGAGGCUGGGGCAGCCCUGGCGGCUCCCCUGGGCUCUGCCAGCCUGCCCAAGGCCAGGCGCAAGCGCUACAUCUCGCAGAACGACAUGAUUGCCAUCCUCGACUACCACAACCAGGUCCGAGGCAAAGUCUUCCCGCCUGCUUCCAACAUGGAAUACAUGGUUUGGGAUGAGACUCUGGCUAAAUCUGCAGAGGCUUGGGCUGCUACAUGCAUUUGGGACCAUGGACCUUCCUACUUACUGAGAUUCUUGGGCCAGAAUCUGUCUGUAAGAACUGGAAGGUACCGCUCCAUUCUGCAGCUGGUGAAGCCCUGGUAUGAUGAGGUGAAGGAUUAUGCCUUCCCCUACCCUCAGGACUGCAACCCUCGGUGCCCCAUGCGAUGUUACGGACCCAUGUGCACCCACUACACACAGAUGGUUUGGGCCACUUCCAAUCGUAUAGGCUGUGCCCUGCACACGUGCCACAACAUGAACGUCUGGGGAGCUGUCUGGAGACAAGCCGUUUACUUGGUAUGCAACUAUGCCCCCAAGGGGAACUGGAUUGGAGAAGCACCAUACAAAGUAGGGGUGCCCUGCUCAGCCUGUCCUCCUAGCUACGGAGGGUCCUGUACUGACAAUCUUUGCUUCCCAGGAGUGACAUCAAACUACUUGUACUGGUUUAAAUAAGUGAAGGUUUACAUCAUUUGGGAGGAAACAAACCCAAAACCCAAGCAAGAGAAGAGAGGAUAAGAAAAAGGAGUAACAUGAAGCUGGUAUAUUGGAUUUUGCACAUGUUAUAUAUGGAGAGAUGCUGUAAGGAUGCUCUGAGGUUUUUCCCUCCCUGUAUGCUUUUGUGUAAUUAGCUUUCAAACUAUAGGAUGGUUUGGUUUGGGGGUUUUUAAGACUUACAUUAACCCUUUUAGGUCAAAACGUUUGUUCCAAGAGAGCAAGCUCCUUUUCACCUUAGCAAGCACAGCUCC